AUGUCUACUGACACCAUUGAGGUAACAGUCAAGGGUAUUCCUGGUCAAUCCAAGAAUAAGAACUCAGACUUACAAUAUCAAUUAGGAAAACAAUCAAAUGUGUCUCAUUUGAAGACUUAUCUAUCAUUUGAAGACGCCACAAAGUUCUAUACUUCUUACGACUUAAUUGAAAACCAGACAGUUGUUCAAGAUGACGAUAUAUUAGAAGAUUUAGCUGGUAAGAACUCUUCAUUGACUUUCCACUUCAAGCCAAAGGCUUACAAUGUGGCCAGUGCUGUCCAACAUAUUCUCAGCUUGAGGGAGACUCUUGGGUUUUCCUCUGAGCUAGAGGAUAGCAUCUCGGAUUUUGCAAUUUCUUCUGGUUCUCAGUUUAAAGAUAUGAACCUCGAAUCCAAAUCCGAGAAUGCAAAGGAGGACCCAGAAGAAAAGGCAAAAUUCUUACAAGUUUGCAGCGAAAUCUUGGAAUCCAGCGAUGUUGAUUUCAACAUCUCCUCUUUGAAAACCGGAAAUCUACUUGUUUCUCCAGUUUUACGUUCAUUGCAUUUCUCUGCUUACAACCCUGUCCCAGCUUUCUACAAGACAAAAGGCCAUUUGCUAUACUUGCAAGUCGUUACUUUAGAAAAUGAAACAUUCCACAUCACUAGUUCUAUUUCAGGAUUUUACGUUAAUAAAUCCAGCUCAAUUAAGUUUGAUCCCUCUCCAAAGGCUGAAUUCGAAUCAAAGUUCAACUUAGUCGAUUUAUUGAUCCAAGUGUCUAAGAAAUUCCUACAACACGUCACUCAAUUGAGAAACAAACUUUCAUCUACAGACACUGCCCAAUACGCCAAGCCAACAAGCUGCUUUUUGAGCAAGCCUUGGUUAGUGUCUCAAGUCCCAACCAACAAUGGUGACUUUAUGCGUACACAAUUGAAGAAUUUCACGUUUGACGAUGAGAGAAACUUCUGUGACGAAUUCCAAGCUAUUAAGGAUCUAGAAAUUAACUCACCAUAUGACCGUGUCAAGAACGAAAAGAUUACUGCAUCUUCUAUCCAUGAGUUCAACACCGAAGCCGUCAAGGGUGCUAUGGCUGUGUUCAAUAACGAGUUAACUCCAAUAGACCCAAGCACUACUGGAGAAAAUGCCGUAUACUUCUACAAGUCAUUAGUUUUCUCUUACGUUUUCGACGUAAGUGGCUUGUAUGCUGAUAUUGGUGGCGAUGAAGCUGCAUUUGCUGCUGCUAACCAGGACUUGCAAGUUAUCAACCAAUUGAACCGUCUGGGUUUAAAGAAUAUUCGUCAUUGUUUAACCGCAGUCAUUGACUAUGCUGGUCGUCGUUUGUUGGUCCAAUCACCAGUCCCUGGCCUUUUGACCCCUGUUGGUACUAAUAUUACCGUAGAUGAAAACAACAACGAAAUUGCAGAGCCAAUGGAAACUUCCAUUUCUGUCAACUACGGUUAUGAUGAACUUACUGCUACUUUGAAGUUCGAUGAAAAACUUCACACAAAAUUGGAUGAGUUCUCCAAAAACUUCUACCUAAAACAACAUAAGGUAGAGGAAUUCGAUUUCAAACUUUCCAGUAAAUCAAAGGGUAUCUUUGGUGUGGACCAAAGAGCUUACAUCCUUGACCUUGCAAACACAAAUCCAUUGGAUGUCGAGUUUGCUAAGAAACACUAUGAUUCUGUAAAGGAAGACAGAUACCCACAUAGACAAACUUUGAUUCGUCGUGAGCUAGUUGAAAAAUGGAGAUCCGAGAAAAUCACAGCAUCUGGAAAAUCUCUAGAAGAUGCUUCAGAAGACGUCAAGUUCUCUUACAAUCCAGAUGCCUAUGUUAUUGAUGGCGUUGAAGAUGAAAAUGUUCUUGAAAUGUCUAAGUUCUUAAACGAAGAGGUUCUACCACUCUUUUUAGAAGAUAUCUUGAAGGGAAACACCAAUCUUCCAUACGAUGGCCAACACUUAACCAAUUUGUUCCAUACAAACGGUAUCAACAUGCGUUACUUAGGUAGAGCUAUUGAAAUUAUAAAUGCCAAAUAUUCUGAGCUAAAGGAAGAAAGAGUAAAGUACUUAGCCAAAAUCGAGCAAGAAAACGCUGAAUAUAAAGAAUGGCAAGCAGGCUACUUGAAAAAGGUUGAACAACUAAUCAAGGAAAGACAAGAUAAGAUUAAUGAGUAUGUUCAACAACAAAAGCCUAUCCCAGAGGAAUUAAAGAAGCAAAUCCAACUUGACAAGAGUGACUUAAAAGAACCUGUCAAAAAUGAAGGUUUCACUAUUGAAACUGAUCAAUAUGAAGGUUUAAUUGCCGUUUGCGAACUUGAAGUUAUUGCCCGUUCUCUAAAGCAUGUUUUCAGAGAACAUAGUAAGAAGUUGUCUUCCCCAAUCCUUGUUCAACAUUUGGUAGCAUUCUUUUUGAAUUUGUUGUUUGGGCAUUCCUACAACCCAAAUGCCUUCGUGGAAGAUCUUGAUCCAUUAUUUGAUAUCAAGGAUCUAGAAUUUGCUAAGAUCACGAGAGAACAGUUAUUGGAAGAAGUCAGAUCUCAAGCAAAACGCCGUUUCCGCCAUGAGUUACCAGAAAACUGGUUGGAGAUCCAAGAGGAAAGAUUCUCCAAAUUUGCUAUCAUCAGAGCAGCUGCUCAAAAAUUCGGUAUUCAAUUGAUUAACAAGGAAUACUUCUUUACUCAAGAGGAGUACCAAACUUGGAAGCAAGCUCAAGACAAGAAGUUGAGAAGCAGAUUGGUUGAUCCCCAACAAACAUUUUCUAUCAAUGAUUUCUCUUUGAGACCUAUUGUUAAAGGUUCUGAAUUCCAGAGUUUGAUUUCCGAGGAAUUAUGGAUCCAAGGUGCUUCAUUAGUUAAUGCUGUUCAUGCGGAAGAGGAAGAAGCAGAGAGAAAGAAGAAGGAAGAGUCUGAACAAAAGAAGAAUGAAGAGUCUGAACAGAAGGACGAGGAAACAAACAAGGAAACCGAAGAAGUUGAUCCUGAAGAAGUAAAGCAAAAAGAAGAACGUGAACAAAAAAUGAAUGAAGCUCUCAACUUGCUCGGGCAAAGUAUUGUUUUCAGGGAAGAUGUAAUUGGUUUAGUUCAUCCAUCUCUUGUCUCUUCUUACUUGCUGCUCUCCAACAUGUACUCAAGAUUGGGACGCGUUCAACAAGCUGUGGAAUUCGGUAACAAGGCUGUAUUGCUUUCUGAAAGAUGCUUUGGUGUCGAUUCAUUUGAAACAGUAAGAAUUUUGUCUAACUUGGCUUAUUUGCAGUAUGCUCAAGGUUCCAUUUACAAUGCUGCGCUUGUUUUGAAGAAGGUCCAUGACCUAUUAAAACUUUUGACACCAAACGUUCAUGCUGGUAGGGUUAACGUGUUCAACCUAUUAUUCCAAAUUGCCUCAAAUGUCAAAGACAGUAAGAUCGAAGUUAAAAUCUUGAACAAGUUAUCUGAACUAUUAUUGAAAAUCACUGAUAAUGAAGAGACAUUGCCUUUCGGCCAAAAUGAAUCUCGUAUCGCUAAUUUGUAUACUUCUAUUGAUGAUAUGAAGAAUGCUUUGGCCCAUAUCUCGAAGGCAAGAACUGUUUUCAUCAAGGAAUUGGGUUUGAAUGACCAAACUACUUUAACUUCAACUCAAUGGAAGGAAACCAUCGAAAGUAUUAUCACGAAGCAACAGCAACAAAAGAAGCUAGCUGCAACUCAACAACAAGUCAAACCUGCCGAAGUCACUCAAAAGAAGGGUAAAAAAGCUUCCAGCCAGAACCCCGAACUUGCCAACAAAUCUGUUGACGAACUUCUUAAGUUCAUCGAAGGUGAUUCAGCCAACUCUUCUAAGUCCUCAUCUAAAAAGUCUAAAAAGAAGAGCAAAAAUGGCAAGAAAUGA